UAGCGAAAGGGAAAAAAAAACCUUCAAACCUGUCCUGGGCAGCAGCUUUCUUGUGGUUUGAGAGCUUGGUGUUAGCAGAGGUGAUGAAGAUAAGUGGAAAUGAGGGAGGACCUUUCUCUAUACUGUUCAGAGGCUGCAGUACCUUGCUAGCGUACGAAGCUGGAGUCUUAGCUGCUUUGAAGGAAUUAUCACCUAACAUACUCAAAUCUGCAUCCAGGGUCUAUGGGGCAUCUUCGGGAUCUAUUGUAGCUGCGGUUGGAUUGUGUGACUGUGAUAUAGAGGAAGUGAAGAAUUCUUUCUUCCAUUAUGUGAAACAAUCUUCCUGGGUGGGGCUUCUCGGAGGAGGAAAUGCCAUGAAAAUCUUAAAGAAGGUCUUAAACAAACAUCUGCCCACCAAUGCCCACCAGCUGGUAUCUGGCAAGCUGCACAUUGUCGUCACCCGUCUGCACGACUGGAGGAGCGUGACGGUUUCAGACUUUACCUCGAAGCAGGAACUCAUUGAGGCCGUGUUGUGCAGCUGCUUCAUCCCAGUGUUUUUUGGGUUUUUGCCUCCAGUGUACCGUGGGGUGCGUUACAUUGAUGGGGAACUCGGUAUGUGGCGAGCCAACUUUAUAUCCCAGACCACCAUCACCGUGUCUGGUUUCGGCGGCGAAUACGAUAUCUGUCCCAGAGAUUGCUCAGCUGCCUUCUUCACUUUCCAAAUCUCUGAUUGCAUUUUACACAUAUCAAAAAGAAACAUCUACCGCUUCAUGUAUAUUUUUCUGCUUCCGUCAAACGAAGUUGUGGACCACUUUUAUACCCAUGGCUACCAGGACACGGUCUCCUUCUUAAAAAGACUGGGUGAAUUUGGUAUAAAUUACCUUGAUGAGGACCGUACGCUUUCGUUGGAUCGUAAAUCAUGUCAGAAAGAUGAAAGGACUCUGCACUGGAAACCAGAAACUAUAGAACUGCACUCCAGAGCCACCAGCCGUGAGGAUGUCACCCAGAAGAAUCCGGACACCAUUCAGGCAGCAGGUGAAGAGGAAGCCCCACAACACCUUCUCCACCAUCAGAAAGGGACAGCUACAGGAGAGCAGUUUUGCCCCCGCUGCUGCCAUUGGCCCCAGAUCACGUUUAAAGAGGGAAAGAGAGCAGCUUGCAACGCAGCCUGCAGACACGCACCGAGAUGCACUGAAGAGGACGCUGUGGCAGCAAUGACAUAAGCAGGACCACAAACCCAUCUUAUCCCCAUGACCCACCUUUAAAGGAGGUAUUUGGGGCUGAUGACAGGAUCUACUCAGCUGGUUUGAACUGGGUGCAGCUGUGGUUCCCAGCGUGCUUCCCUAAGGGUGAACAAGCUCCUCAAAGCCAAGAGACACCAAACUUCGCCUCUAUCCAUUGCCUCUGGCAGAUCCCCCUUUUGUCAUUACCUCCAAGAUCACGCAGAGGAGACAGCAUCGACUCUGCUUGCUUGACGAGAUGGGGGAUUAAUAAACCAAAAGAGAGCUGAUUUCAAUGAUGACUCAUUAAGUUCUUAUCUCUAGCAGGUCUCUGCAGCUCUGGAGUGGGAAGGCUCCGCGCUGUGAUUGUUUUAGUUUGGAUUUUCCUUGUUGGCUGUUUUUUGUUCAAAUUCUCCAAGUUUUACUUACUUUUUCUAACAAAGCACCAUGCCAUGGAGGGGCGGGUGGGAUGCACCGGAGAGUUCAAACUACGCUCCUGUUUGUGUCUGAGACUUACAGACAAAUUUAGUGUCCAAUUCUCAUAUGGGAAUUUUAUUUUGGGGGGAUCUCAAUUCCCAUUUGAGUAGAAGUUAUGAAAGGGCCUGAGGUGGAAUGAAAUGGUUCUAUACCACCUAGAGGUGGUGGUUGGUCAGCCUGGAGAAGAGGAGGCUCUGGGGAGAACUUAGAGCAGCUUCCAGUGCUGAAAAGGGCUCCAGGAAAGCUGGGGAGAGACUUUGUAAAAAGACGUGGAGUGAUAGGAUGAGCGGCAAUGGCUUUAAAUGGGAAGGAGGAAGAUUUAGAUUAGACAUGAGGAAGAAAUUCUUCACAAUGAGGGUGGGAAGGCCCUGGCCCAGGUUGCCCAGAGCAGUGGUGGCUGCCCCAUCCCUGGAGGGGUUCAAGGUCAGCUUGGAUGGGCCUUGGAGCCCCUGAUCCAG